AGUGAAAUAUAAUUCUUAUUUCCUGGUGAAUCUUCUAGAGUUCAUUUUUGUUUUUGAGAAAUUGUGUGUUUAACACAGCUUCUCAAAUACAAAGUGUAUGCACAGAAACACUAACUGCAGCAACCAAGCCUCCCCACAAUCAGAAUCACAAUUUCACCAGCAGUUAUGCAUCAUAAUCUCCCAGUUUUUAUGCACAUACCCUGGUGGGUUUUACUCUCACCACACACCCACACACACACACACACUACUGUAGAUUCAUCAAUAAUCAGAAGCAACUCUUCAGAUAAUUAAUCAAUAACUGACUCCAAGUCAAAAUGACCCAGAGACCUUUAUUUACGGAUUUUGCGUACAGCAGCACUGACAUUUUACAACACAUCAUUGCGUCCACAUUUUACAUACACAUUCAUGACCCUGAAUGAGGAAAAGUCAUUACAUUUCAUGGCUUAAAAGAUAGGUUAAUUAUGUUUUUCUUCAAUUUAAAAGCUGAAAUGGGUGAAAUUGACCUGCAACAUAAUAGGAGGGUUAAAAGAGACAUUUGCAGCAGUGUGAGUGCUGUUUGAUGUCAUGUGCAGCCAACGGCAGAGCUUAAUGUUUUUCCCUUUUCAUCCAAUUUGCUUUCACAAGAUAUUAAUGUCAGAGCAGUAAACUAGUUGCAUGAGGCUGUUACAGUAUUUCUGUUCCAUAAAUGCUGCAUUAUAGUGCACUUCCCGUCAUCCAGUAUAAGCAAUGCACUUAAACAUUUUCAAAAUAAUUACAUCCAAUUAUCACUGCUUUAUGGUGUGAUUCAUCUUUGUAUGAGGAUUAUUAAAUUAGAAUCCCACAGCGGUGUGAAAAGCAGAACCCGGGCUGCACUGUUUGUUGUUCUGCCCUCUGCACGUGAAAGACUACACGCUAGGUUAAGCACUAAAUUGGGUAACUGUCCAGUGACAGCAGAUAAACACCUGCUCGUACAGAUCACCCUGAGCUGGAGUAGACGGGAACUGCUUUAAUACAACAAACAUUUGGACCAGGAUUCGAUCCAAGACGGGGAAUUUGGACUCAAAAUGUCAGCCCUGAACGGCAAGAGAAAAGAAUAUCUGACUGUAAAGGAUCUGCAGAAGGUUUUGGACUCAUGUAAACUUAAUCUAAAUCAGAUUGACGAGGUCUUGCCAAACAUAUACAUAGGGAAUGUGGCAGUAGCCCAAAACAAGGCUGCCUUGCAGAAAUUAGGUAUAACUCAUGUAUUAAACGCUGCUCACUCCAAGCGAGGCAGCAUAGGGAACCGAGGCUUUUAUGGCAACGACUUUGUGUAUUGUGGCAUUCCAGCAGAUGACUCGACACACUUUGAUCUGGAUGUUUACUUCCAGCCUGCAGCUGAUUUCAUUCAUAAAGCUCUGAAGACACCUGAUGGGAAGGUUCUGGUGCACUGCAUCAUGGGAAUGAGCCGGUCAUCGACAUUGGUGUUAGCGUACCUCAUGAUCUACCGUCACCUCCCGCUCAAACAGGCUUUGAAGAAAUUGAUCCAGAAGAGAGCCAUCUACCCCAACAGGAAUUUCCUGGCUUUGCUGUUGGACCUGGAUCUUCAGCUGACAAGAAAAAAUAAAACUUGUCAGAUCCUGUGAUGAAGAGAAGAAGUUUACAGUCUUCGGCCACACAGCGAGGGAUGGUGAUGCCGGUCAGCUCAUUGGUCCAACUGCCCAGACUGAAAUAUUUCUACAGCUAAUGAAUGUCGUGAAAUUUGGUUCAACUAAUGACUGACUUUGUCAGACUCAGCUGUACUUUGAGAUUAGCACGGACAUAUAAUGUUAGCAUGUUGAACAUAAACUUUUUCUUAAUUUUUAAAUCAGAGAGCUGUAUAGCUCCACUGCAUUUCAAUGCCUCAUCCCUCAGUUUUUUUUAUUAGCAUGUUAAAUGUUGAUAUACUAACAUAAUUACAUAUUAAAGUGCUAAAUAUUAAAGAGGCAAAACUGGCACACGCAAAAUCUUCAUAUUUAAUCCAAUAUAACAAUCUUGCAACACAUAUUGCUGCUUCAGGUCAGUCUGAAUAUUAGCAUCUUACAUGACAUGUCAAACAUUAGCAUCUUAACAUGCUAACUGUAUGCAUUAACACGCUAACAUACUAAACAAUGCAUGCUAACAUUAGCAGAUUAACAUGCUAUUGUUAUUGUAAAUGUUAGAUGCUAACAGUAUGUUAACAUCCAGUGAGCUACUUGUUCAUAUGCGUGGAAGUAUGAUAGUAGUAGACAUGUUAAUAUGCUAACAAGUGUUAGCAUUCAGUACAGGUGAGGCUGACAAAGUACACGUCAGACCGGAAGAAAGUUGCACCAAAUCUGAUGACUUACAGCAGCUGAGCCUGAAAAACUGUGUCUGAGAUGUUAAGGUAACCGUAGCAACAUGACCUUUCCUCCGGCGCCAGCCUCAGGCCAAGCUUUACAUUUUUACUUAAUUUUUGGAGAGGAUCUAACAAUGAAUUGAAAAGAUGUCUCUCCAUUAAAAUCCAAAUCUGUUGCCUGGUUUGUAAUGAGCUGUCCUACCUCUUCAUGGACUCGCUAACAUGGCCAUAGACUUUCUUUCUUUUUGAUGACAAUGAAUGUCUUAACAAAAAGAUAGUUUGGUUGGUUUGGUUGAAACUUAAUGUAAUGUGAAGUGAAAACAGCAACAAGAGCACUAAUGCUAUUGAGAUUUUAUGACUAUUUAUGUCUUGAACUAUGUCUUUACCUCUCACACUUGUAAGAUGGCUUUUUCUUCAGCAUGUCAGUUUGUAUCACAGCACAAAUGGACCAAAUGUCUUAUGAAAUCUUUUUUACAAAGCAUCAUAAUUUAGUAAACUCUAUAGAUGACUCAGAAAAGAAAGGAAAUGUUUCUGCAAGUGAACAUUCAAAUUUAAAACGGGAAUCAAUCCACAGCAACUGUCUCUUUAAUAAGACCAACCCAUGAGUGUUCACAGUAUGAAAUUCCUUGUUUUCGACAAGCUGGUUGAGCUGAUUGCUACUGUACAUCAACAGGUUUCCGUUCUUUUGACUGUCCUUGAAAUUAACGGUGGAAACAUUAGGGAUGUCAGACACACACACACACAUGCAUCUACUGUAUAGUAGAAUUUGACACCAGUGAUGAUUUCUAUCUGUUUAAAUGAGCAGCUCAUUGCAAAUAACCCGUGAUUAUUAUGAUUAAAAACAGCAGAAUGUGAAAAACUACACUGAAUGAAAUGACAUGAUUUGUAUUGCUCUGUAUUGCAGAAGUUCAGCUUUAAUAUAUGAGUUUCGUAUGUGUAUAUUUUAUUUGGAUACAAGGAGAAAAAGGUAAAUUUAGGAAGUUUUGCAAAGAAUGUUUACAUGAUAAAAAGAAAUGUUCAUCUUUCUACACUUGUAUAAUUAUUUUUCUUAUGUUUUUGUCAAGACUGAGUAUGUGAAGAUGUGUUUAAAGUUACCAGUUUUUCUGAUGGUGUGUUGAAA